ACCGCCGCGGAGCCCAAGGCCGGCGGGGGGAAUGGAGCGGGCCUCGCCGAGGGCAGGCGGGAAACAGUGUGGCGGGAAGACCAGAGGAUCGCCCAGCUAGAACGCCGCACAGGAGGCCCCGAACCUGCCCUGCCUUCGGCGGGCCCCGGGAUAGCCACAACAGGCCCCUAGCCUCCCAAAGGGACGGGCUGGGAGCCGAGGAAGCCCCCGCCCGACCCGCAGACACACAAGCCCGCUCGCCUCCCUACCCCCACCCUCGGGCCGCGCUCGCGGGCUCUUGCGCCCCACAGCUGCGCGGGGAAGGCAGGGGCCAGCGGGGCGGCCGCGGGGAGCCGAUGCCCUCCCCGACGCCCGGACCUCGACCCGCAGACAUAAUCAACAAAGCACCGCCGCUCCCGAGGAGAAAAAAUGCCACAGGCCCCGACCAGGGACUCUCCGACGCGUGGCUGCCCGGGCCGCAGGGCUGCGCGGACGGGCUGGGGGGAGGGGGUGGGGAAGGGCCCCGCUAGGUGGCUCCCGGGUCCGGGAGCCUCGCCUCCGCAGGGAAGCGGUGCUGCAGGGACCCCCACGCUGACCUUGGAGUCUCCGUUGCACAGAGCCAUCGGGGCCAGGGCCGGGGCCGCGGCGGUGGCGGCGACAGUACGAGACGGGGCGGGAGGGUCCCGGAAGGGUCGGCGCCGCGGGCCGAGGCUGAGAGGGACGACUGGUCAAGGAGCAGCCAGCCACGGAGAGGAGCCAGCCGCCAGAGAAGCGCCGAAAGGAGCAGCAGCCACAGAGCGCGGGCCCCAGCGCAGCGGGAGAGGAGACCAGCAGCGCGCACGCUGCCCCCGCCUCUUGCUUCCGCCCCAGCCGGCCACUGGGAGGAGCCAGAGCCCGUUGAGCUUGGCAGCCGAGCCUCAGAUACCCUCCGCAGCCGCCGCCAAACCGGCCGGCCCUCGAGAGGAGGGGCUCGCGGCGGCUGUCCCCGCCCUCCAGGCCCGCCCCCGCCGGCAAAGCCGGCCGGGUCUCCCGCGGCCCGCCCUUGGGAGGAGGGGCCCGCGACACCAGGCCCAGCCCCCGCCACGGAGGCCUGCCCGUGGAGAAGUAACCACGGAGGCCGGCGCCCGCCUCCGUCCCGUCCGCCCUUGGGAGGAGGAGACCGCGCGGCGCCCAUCGGCUCCGCCCCUCCCGCCUUCGCACCGAGGAGCCCGCCCCGGGAGGCGGGGCCUCCCGGCGCCGGCCCGGAGAAAAACCGAAGCCGCAGCCAAGACAGUUUGCCGCUGGCCGAUUUGCCUGCUGCCUGGGACGGCUACGGGAGGCUGGCGGCACCGAGGAGGCCUCCUGAGAGCUGGGCCCCUGGCGGAACUCUUAGCCGGUGGCGUGGCCUUAGGUUGUCGGACAUGAGGGAGGCCAAGGCUGCUUUGGAAGGUUUCUUGGCCACAUCUUAAGGACGUCAUUGGAGGACCUGAUCACUUAGGAACUUUAAAAGUUAUACAGCUCCCCACAAAAAGUUCUACAGCAGGUGCAGUACUUCCAAAGAGAAGGGAGUUUGGGAGUGGACAUCUGGUGAGCAGCUGGGUCAGGAAAUUGGUCAUGAAGCUCUGUUGGCACAGCGGUGUUUUUAUUGGGAUUGUCUGUGGGAAAGGGGCUGCAAUCCCUCCACCUACCCCUUGGCAACCAUCAAGAUGAGGUGUUACCUUGAAUUUGCUUACCUACAGGCCUAAAUCGGUAUUGGUGUAUAAAGAAUAAUACUUGAGAUGGCUUCCAGCUAACAAAGCCUUUCCACAAAUAUUAUAAUACAGCCAACAUUUGCUGCGGUCAUUCUUGUGUCAGACUCUAGUUAAGGUAUUAAGGAGCCAGUGAGAAAACACUUUCGCUAUCUUUAACCAAUCCCGUGAAAGCAGUAAGGUCAGGCAUGGUGGCUCACACCUGUAAUCCCAGCACUUUUGGAAGCCAAGGCAGGUGGAUCACCAGAGGUCAGAGUUCCAGGCCAGCCUGGCCAACACCAUGAAACCCCACCUCUACUAAAAGUACAAAAAUUAGCCUCGCGUGGCGGCCUGCACCCAUAAUUCCAGCUACAAGGGAGGCUGAGGCCGGAGAAUCACUUGAAUCCAAGAGCAGAGGUUGCAGUGAGCUGAGAUCCCGCCAUUGCACGCCAGCCUGGGUGACAAGAGUGAAACACCAUCUCAAAAUAAAUAAAUAAAUAAAUUCUAGUGGUCA